GCUCCCUGUACUUUAAGGCUGUCGCGGGUUGCUAUCAGCUAAGCAGGCAGGCAGCAGAAGCAGACGUGGCUGCUCGGUAUCUCUGCGCACAGCUUAUUGUCAUAAGUUUUAAGUUCCUGCUCGUAAUGGCGCCUGCUCUGCUAGCGGUGAGAUACGGCACGCUGGUCUCGCUGGCCGUGGUUUUGCUGGCUUUGUGGUAUAGGUCGCCAGUCGAAGACGUACUGGACGAGCGGCUCCAUAAAGUGCUAACGUCUCUAUUGAGAGCCGAGGGUAAAGUGGGCAUCGAUAACUUUGACAAACCCCGGGUGGCCAUAGGUUUUGGAGGUUGUGUGGACAUUGUUGUUGAUUCCAUCAAGCUGUUGAACAAGUUAGGCAUUAGGCCCAGUCUCAGUCCCAUUCAUCAUGACUACAUUCAGACUGAGGAGCAGCUGUCUCAAAGCUUUUCCUACUUUUUUCCACCUGGGGCAGCCUCAGAGAGGUAUGUUGCCAACAACACAUUAUUUAAUAAGCUUGUGGAUGCCUCAAAAACACUACCUGGAAAUCGAUGGGCUCUAGGGGGAAAUGCUGCCGUCAUGGCCAAACGUCUUGCAUUUGAAGGCUGUGAAGUCCUUUUAGGAGGCCGGUUUAGUCAACAAAUUACGGACAUACUAUCUGAACAUGUAAUUGUGGCUGGGAAACCAGUGGAUGAUCCUGAUAUUCAUUUAAUAAUGGAGUAUCCAACUGGUGCUCAGUGGGGAGAAUAUAUUUCACGAAGAGCAAACAGGUAUAUUGUUCACUGUGAUAAACACAACCCUUUACUAGAUUCCAUGGAGGACUUUGAGAGUCAACUUCAGGAUUUCAAACCAGAUCUGUUAGUUGUUGGUGGUCUCCAAAUGAUGGAUAAUUUCCCAUUUCAAGAAGGUGCACGAGGCACUCGGCUCAAAAAGCUCAGUAACUUGCUACAGUCGACCGAGAAUUCAACUGGAGUUCACUUUGAGAUGGCAUCCUUUGUGGAUGAAAGCUUAAUGAAUGAACUGCUGAGUCAGGUGAUGCCUUAUGCGGAUUCCCUAGGUAUGAAUGAACAAGAACUGCCCAACUUGCUGAGUCUGAUAAAGGGCAAAAACAUUACUGUACUGUCUGACCCAAACCCUCGCGUGGCCACUGUACUUGAUCAGAUGAGGGAGCUCUAUCGUCUUGUGAAUUCUGAACGGAAGCUUCAGGGAAAAGGAAGGAUGCUUACUAGACUGCAUGUUCACACUCUAGCCUUUCAAGCAAUUAUUGUUACUUUGGGAUCAUCUUGGAAGAACACCAUGUCAGCCACAGCCAAAGCCUCACUCACAGCUAAUCGACAUGUCUGUGGUUCACCUCAUAUCAACCCUACUAAGGCCAAGUUGAUCAUGGAUGAUUCAUUCUCUAUUAGCCGUCAGGAGGGCAGCCAGAGAAUCUCCUUCCAGGAAACUAGGCCUGUUUCCUGCUGGGAAGAAGCAGACUAUGAAAUAUGUGUUGCACCCGUGCUUGUGUGUACAGAUGUGUAUCAGACUGCAGGCGGUGGAGACAAUAUAUCAGCUGCUGGGUUAGUCCUCCAGAUUUAAUAUAAGGUGAUAAUUAGUCAGUUAGUAAAUUAUUCAGUCAAUGGAAGGAAACCCAUUUUAUGUGAAGUUUUUUGAAUCCUUUUUUUAUGACUUUUUGACAUUUAAUUUUUGAGAUUUGUGCAAUAUUGAAGAAUGAUUGAGCCCACCCGCAUGUCAAUACACCAGCCAAAUACACUUCUAGUUUUUGACUGUUUGUGAAUUUUCUGUAAACACAUUCUUUGCAAGGCUAAAGCAUGUCUAAAGGGUGCAGUUAGUUCUAAAAUGCAGUUAAUUUUUGGAGAUUUAUUAAUUUAAUAUAUAACCACUUUUUCACUUUGAAUUGCUGAUUCAAUUGUGUAGACCUCUAUAUGAAGAACCAUGCUAUGCAUUAGGAAUUUUACGUACAUUCCUUGUUGCCUAUGUUUUUUUUAAACUCUCAACUAGAAAAUGUGAAGAAUAUCUUGCUAUAACACACACUUACCUCAGUUGUUCUAAAAGUUACAACUUCUCACGUAUGUUGAAAUAAAUUAUAAAAUUAUAUAAAUAUAACUUG